AGACACCUACCUUAUAUUCACAACUUCCUCUCACCGUAUACGCUCCUUUGCUAGUUUAUUCAAAUCGUUGGAGUCAGCAUGUUUCCGUUUGUGUAAAAUUCAUGUCCGAACCCAAAUGCGACAUUAGAUUCCAAACAUUUAAUGCGCGAUGUAUUGGCCCAUUGGCGCCCCGCGCAUUUAUAAUGCAGCAAACAUAACACCUCGCACCCAGCUCAUUGAGAGCGCAGGUGUUGAGCCCGUGGUCGUCGAAACAGACGAUAUACCUGAUACCAGCACGAUUGCCUCUACUGUCGACAACAGUGAAGCGGAAACCCAGUCAAUCGCGGAGGAAUCGGACGGGGGAGAAAGCGUGUAUCCUGGCACGAGGUCAAAUUCUAAUGGCGUUAAACAAUCGAGUGGAGAAGACUUAAUUGGUGGACUAGAGAAAGAGGGGAAGGUGGGACGUUCUGGUUCUGAGGAAGCUGUAAUAACAGGCGGCCAAUCUGGGCGAAGUCGAGGGUCAAGCUUGAGGGGGGAGGAUGCCGAAUCGCCUGCUCGGCGGAGGGGUUCAAGCUUGAAGGAGACCCACGAUGGUAACAGGUCAAAGUACACGGCUAAGCGCCAGCGGAAGCCAUCUUAUCAUGGCUCUGGAAGCAAACGUGGUAGCGCAGCAAGCACGACACAGAGCGAUGAGCCCUUACAGGAGGAGAGAGACUAUCCCAGCACGGACAAUGCGCGCAUCCUUGCCCUCCAGGUUUCACGCAACGGACGAAUCUUUGCGACAAUAACAUCAAAUUCUCUCACGAUAUGGCAGGCAAAGCCAACUGCUGUUCUUGCAACCGUAACUCGGCCCGUUAGCUCGAUUGAUGUCUAUGGAGAAAACAUUGCGCUACUCCUUCGACCAGAUUCUGCUAUCAUUGUCGUGCAGACUUCUUUAGGCUAUCUCAUCACGUACUCGCUUGCCACGGACCCGAAUUCUCGUGUCUACAAACUUCAUCGACUGAAUGCCGGAGGCGGUUCAUCCCGAAGACAAAGUGUCAGCGGAUAUGGAGGCUACCACUAUGGCGAACGUCAACAGCGACUGGAAGAAGGUGUAGGCAUAAUGGAGGUUAGCCUGAGGUUUCGAAUGGUGAUCAAAAUCGACGCGGGUAUAUCAAAGGCGCUGGCCCUCGACGACGAGUUGGUCGUCGCAACGUCAAAGCCUGCUGCUGUGCAGUGCAUCAGAUGGACACCAGACAGCAACGGCACGCAAACGAGCACAGAGCUACUCAGCCGAAUGCAGUGGUUUGCGAGGAAGACAAGGGUCGUCGACAUGCUGCAUGAUCGGCCGAUGAAUCUGUCUACCUGGAUCGCGUCUGACGGCAAGGCGUACGCAGUUCAGAAAAUGCCAAACAGCAUGCAGGAGCCGGGCGCUCCCAAGAAGUUGUUCCGUGGCUAUUGUUUCCAUACGCCUGCUAACCGGGAUGAAUAUGCGGUCAAAGCCGCGAUAAACGCGAGGUUUUCACUCAUUGCGAUUGGUUGUGCCAACGGAGGCGUUAUUGUCUACAAUGCUCGCGACUAUGUUGGGAACAUUCCGGUUUCGCAUAAGCUUCAAUUACCAGUCUCAUUGGCAUCUUCAGGCCCAAUGACUUUCUUGUCAUAUUCGCCGGAUGGAUACUGUCUCUUUGCCGGGUUCGCCAAGGGCUGGAUGAUGUGGAGCGUCUACGGGAAGCCUGCUGGGAGCAGCUUCUCCUCUGAGAGAUUAUUGUCCGAAACGAAUGAGGAAGAGUGGUUACUUGGAGUUCGCGACGGGAGCUGGAUUAAUGGAGGGUUUGAAAUCCUUUUGCUUGCGGCCGGACAAACCAAUUUGUUUGUUCUGGAAAUGGCUAGAAGCGCAUUGACGACACUAUUUUCCUCGGCCAACGUUUCUCACUCUUUGCUUCUGACUGAUACGGGACUGAUGGUAUACCGAGGGCACAACAUGUCGGAUCUGACAGCUAUUUCUGCGGAAUCGUCUGUCUGGCACAAUGUCCAGAUUCCUCCAAGCUAUCUCGUCAACCAGUGGCCCAUACGGAGCGCCGUGGUCUCGCCGGACGGGCGAUACAUUGCUGUGGCGGGUCGACGAGGGCUGGCGCACUACAGCGUGCACAGCGGUCGGUGGAAGACAUUCAAUGACCCGGCAAUGGAAGACGAAUUCAUCGUCCGAGGAGGAAUGUGCUGGCAUCAGCAUGUGCUAAUUGCUGCCGUCGAGACGGGCAUGUACUUUCAGUUGCGUCUCUACUCUCGCGAGCUCGCACUGGAUAAUUCCCUCAUUCUUCACACCGAGAGCAUACCUGCGCCAAUCGUACUCAUUGCGAGAUCUGGAGAAGAUUCGCUCUUGGUGUACACUUAUGAAAAUAUCCUCUAUCACUAUAUUAUUGCGGCCAGCAGCGGGUCCAUACGGCUGGUGCAGGUCGGUCAGAUUGCUCUUCACGGGAUAAUCCGAGCACCUGCUCGAGUUCGAGCCGUCAGUUGGCUUCUCCCAGAAGCGCAGAUCCAAGACGGCGACCCGUCACAAGACGUCAAAGUGGCAACAGUACUUUUUUUGGUUGAUGGAAAAUUGGUUCUCCUCUGUCCUUCGACGACUGAAGCAGGCGGCUUGAAGUAUGACAUGCGGAUCAUUGCUCAAAACAUCGAGUACUAUGCGCUCAUGCGGGAUCAACUGCACGUGUUCCGCGACGAGGGCAGGGGGUUAGGAACACCAUUGCUCGAAAAGUCAUUUGGCGGGUUUGACCUGGAUCUCGGCAGCGAACAUGAUCUGCGGGAUUCAUUGUGGACGUUUGACGGCGACAGCGUCAAAGUAUGGCCGGAUGUCAAAGAGGUCCUGCAAGCCCCCAGCAGUGUUCACGCAGCUGUCAAUGGUGUCGGUGAAGCAGCCCGAAAUAACCUCCCGCCCACCGUGUCGAUUUCCUUUGACUUUUACCCGCUCUCUGUCGUGCUAGAGCGUGGCGUCAUUAUCGGACUCGAAGCCGAUCUCGUUCAGCGACGAGACAUUUCCUUUGCGUUUUUCCGAAUGGCCACUCGCACACACCUCUUUAUCCCCCCUCUGCUACGGCACAUCCUUACACAUCCGCAUCCCGACCACCCCAACAUGCUCUCCCCCGACCCUGACGCAUCCAUUUCUCCCGCCCAUCCCGACAUUGACCUCAUAUCCGACUCCGCCUCUUCCAAUACUCCUAACCCCGUCUCUCCUCAUCCCGUCUCUCCUAACCCCAUAUCUCCCAAUCCCUUCUCAUCAUCUCCCUCUCCCUUCACUGCCCCUACCCCUACCACACUCACUACCGCUCCUAAUCCCUCAACCACGACCAUCCCCGCGGCGCUCCACAUGGCCAGUUUCUUCCAGCACCUGCCGUACUUCCCGCACGCGCUCGAAAUGCUGCUGCACAACGUCCUCGACGACGAAGUCGACGCGCCCUCCCCCUCUCCCGAGACCGCGCUCCUCCCUGUCGUCAUUUCCUUUCUCGCCAUGUUUCCAGAUUACUUGGACAUUAUCGUGCAAUGCACGCGCAAGACCGAAGUCCGCUCCUGGCGCACUCUGUUCCAGUACCUCCCGUCCCCGCAGACCCUGUUUGAGGAAUCCCUCGCGAGGAAUGCGCUCAAGACUGCGGGCGGGUAUUUGCUUGUCUUGCAUACUUUUGAGGAACUGGGUCCGCUGCCUAGUCCAGGUUCUUCCGACUCUCAUUCCGUAACAGUAUCUUCCAGUGGCACGUCAUCCCAACUCGUCACCCUCUUGCGCCGCGCCGUCGACGAGCAAGACUGGGAUCUAUGCAAAGAACUCGCGCGCUUUCUUACCGCCCUGGACCCGUCUGGAUCCACCCUCCGCGAUGCCCUCGAAGUCGUCAGACUCGGAGAUUCUCAUCCUUAUCCUGGUCCUCAUCCUGAUAUCCCUGAAGGUCUUGAAAACCGUGAAGCCCAUGAAGGUCCUGGAAGUCCUGACGCUGCAAGAAGCGUGCAAAGUGCAGGAAAUGCAGGAAAUGCACGAAACGCUCCAAGUGCGCAAGGAAAUCCGUUCCCGUGGAAAAAUACAUUUCUCAGUCCGACCUCGCCUGGCACGACAAUGGCUGCGCCGCUGCGCAUACCCAGGAGUCGAACAAGUCGGGCCAGUGGGAACGGGAGCGAGAACGGGACUGGGAAUGGGAGUGCCAAGGGGAGUAGAGAACCGAUUGGGUUGGGAAUUGGCAGUACCGGUGGCAGUGGUACCGGUGGUAGUGGUACUGGUAAUGCGAAUCGAGGAGGAGGUGAUGGUAAUGGGAGAGGGCGAGGGGAUGGGGGAGAUGGGGGAGAUUACUUUUUUUCUUCGUCUGUCGAUUAACCCUCCUAUAUUUUCUUUUCCUUUCCUUUUCCUUUUUUUUUUUUUUUCUUUUCUUUUUCUUU